CCAAGGUCCCUUCCAGCUCUAUAGUUCUACUGUUCUAAUCCUGUGGUCUUUUUCUUGAGGAAGAGAUGAAAAACAAAUCUACUUUUCAUUCUGUCUUGGGUCAAGGACCACAAUACACUAUUUCAGACUGUGCAUUUUGUUAGAGGCCUUGAGCUGUGUGGGGGAAAUCUCACAUGAUCAUUGCUUAUGACUUGAUAUAGUUAGAAAGCAUUUUAAAAACUCCUUGGUCUCUCUUGCAAGCACAGUUCUUCUGCCGCAUGGAAUAACAUCUGUCCCAUCAAUUCCCUCUCUCCCUUCGGUUUUUGAUUUGUUUUAUAACAUUUUGAUAUGCCGGUCACAGGCAUGUCUUAAAACCUGCAAUCUUUGCAAGAGCAAGUGAGAUGGAUUUCUGGUACAAAGUUUGCUGCUGCUGUUGCCAUAGAGAAGAAGAACUGGAGAAAAAUCCACUGCUUGUUGGUGACACGCUUCAGUAUUUCAACAAGCUGGCGAAACGCCGGCGCUCAGAGGCAGUCAACUUGUGGAACGAGCCUGUGGACAGCACCCAUAUGGAGCGGGAUGAUGACCAUGAGCUCUACAUGUUGCUCCAGAAAAGGUCUAAAAUGAAACGGGGGUCAGAGGGCUAUCGACGUUUGAGCUUCGACAUCAGUGCCCACCGACAAAUCCGCCGGAAAGUGAAAGACCGAUGGAAGCAAAUCCUGGAAGUUUUAGGAUUCGAAAAUGAAGCAGAUGGACUCCUCACAGUCACCUCCAGCACCGCGUAUGAAUCUCUCCGCAACCCUCAAGAAGCUCGCAGACUUCACAGUGCCCUGGCUGAGCAGACGGCCAUUUUUGGUAGACACCGUGGUGGUCCACCAGAGAGAUACCUUUUUGUCCUGGACAGGCUGAUUCUCCUUGAUGUUGGAGAGGACUUCCUGUCUGCCACUCGACACUUCUAUCCUGUGCAGGAGGAGGAAGAGGAGGAGAAGGAGGAGGACAGAUCUUCCAGUGACGAAAAGCCUUCUAGCCCUGGCCCUGUCUUGGUCAAACUGAGCAACGGAGCUCAGGAAGAGGCCGAGGAGGAGGAGGAGGAAGAGGAAGUAUUUGAGGAGUAAGAUGCAGAGAAGGAGGAGGCAGAGAAAGCGAAAAAGGUUGAGGGAAGACACAGUGGAAUGGAACCAAUUCAGUCUUUGGCUGGCAGAACAAAUGCAACUGAUGUCUUGGGAAUUACAACAGGUUUAGAGGUUGAAUAAGAGUUACUGGCAUCACUACUGAAUUACAGGCCUGCACACACACACACACACACACACACACACACACACACCUCCCUUUCCCAUGCACACAUUUCUCCCCUGCCCGCUUUGAUAUUGUAACCCGUAUUAAAAUAGUGCCAUGGGUUAACAGAACUGGCACCCACUUCUCACAAGGCUCAGUCUAUAGGUCAUCUUCUGUCUUGUGCAGAUAAAAUGGGGGAGGAGGGAGGAAAUUCUCUUGCACAUUUUGAGAGCACGAAUUGGAGCAGAAAUAUUCUCCUGACCGGAAAUUAGGGGUUUCCAUGCGGCCCCUUGAUGCCUUAAUACUGAAAUUUUGUUCAGAUGUUUUGCUUCUUUGCACCAUAACAAAGCUCAGGACAGUAAGGAGUAUCACCUUAAUUUUCAAGGCUUGCUUAUUUCUGUCUUGCAUAUGGCAGGAAUGAAGGCUGAGAGGGGACCACUUCCUGCAGCCUGUUGCUAUAUCAUCUGUCUGCUGCCCUGCAUAUACUUAAGCCUACAGUGCCCAUUCUAUUAUCUAUUUACAAAAGGGAAAUCAGAAAUUGAGAGAUAAUUGCUUGCCCAAGAAGAUCUAACCCAAUUAGUCUUUUGACAAUGAGGUGAGGGGUUGAUUGCAUCCAGGCCUCUCCAAACAACGUCUUCUCUGAUGGACUGUCAUAAUCUUAGAGCAUUUCUCUGGCUCCCUUAGACCAGUGUUUCCUGGAUUUCUGAGAACUAAUCAUGUUUUUCUAGGCAGAGGGAAUCCAAGUCAUGGCAAAUGGUGUGGCAAAAGGUUUAACCCACUCUCCCGUGAUACAGUAGUCCUGAUCUGUGUGAGCUUGAACCAGCUGCUAUUUAUUGAAUAAAAAUGAAGUGUGCUAGCAAUCACCAGCUAAAGUUACAUCUACUUUGACACUGUGGCACUCCUUUUUCCAAAUUUAAAACAAAGGCAUACAAGUCCUUAAGGCUGCAAAUAUAAGCCUGAAAAUCUGUGGAUGAUGCUUACUGAAAAGCACUUCAGAUAUUCAUGACUUGGCAGAACUUCUGUGGUCUGCAUGGACCUCUGCCCCCCCUCCCCUGCCCACAAGAACUAUACAUUUUGCAUAGGAGAAGCAUGCAAACUUACUGGUUUUCUCAAAUAUAUGUUGGAAAAUUGAUUUGUUUUCAAAUGGUUGUGCAUGCUUUGAAUUCCUCUGAGUCUACAGAGCUCUUCCAACUCUGUAGUGGGAGGCUGUGUGGUCUGCAGUUGUGUUGAACAAAUCCUGGAAUGUGGAUUUUCAGUCCAGAAUUCAGCAUCCUAGGAAUCUUGGCCUACUAUUUUUUUAAAAAGAAGCAAGUUUCUAGUUCUUAGGAAGGUGACAACCGGCUUGAAAAUGAAUGAGCUGUGCUGAAUGAAUCUCAAAAGGCAAAGGUGCAGCUGAAUUGGAUUCCUGCCAGACAGGCAUUGGGCUUCUGGCAUCCUGCAUAGCUCCUUGCUCUUUCCCAUCACUAGCAGAAGCUGAAUAUGUUCUGCAAAAUAUGACAAUUAAUGCAAAUUAGCUUAAUUUGCAGAAUUCGGGGUUUGGUUUUUGGCAUACCUAGGGGUGUGUGUGUGUGUGUGAGAGAGAGAGAGAGAGAGAGAGAGAGAGAGAGAGAGAGAGAUAUUUUGUUUCUAUUCAUUUAUGUUUAAAUUGUAUUUUAUUUUACAUAAACCUUUACCAUUAACUGUC